AUGGGGGCGGCGACCGAGUUGGCCGUGCUGCUCGAGGACGCCGUGUGGCGCGCGGACGCGGAGGCGACGGCGCCCGCGAUCGCGGAGGAAGACGUCGCGAAUGAUCUUUUCGUGGUGCCCGUGGACGAGGGCGGUGCGCGUGGAGGCGAGAACGCGGCGGUCGCGGCGAGGGCGCCGCGCGCGGCGCUGCGAGAACAGACGACGGCGAGACACUCGCUGGAACGCGAACGCGAAUCGCUCGUCGAGCGCGAGAAGCUGCUCUCGAAACAAAUCUCUCGCGCGAAACGACGGGUGGAGCGGUUGGAGCGAAUGGUGCGCGAUGCCGAAGCGCUGGCCGCGGGGUGGUCGGACGACGAGACGACGUCGGAUCGACGCGGACUCGGACUCGGACUCGUGGUCAAGCGAGAAUUUGCGCCGAAUGCGGACGCGGAGAGACCGCGCGCGAGACGAACGAAAAAGCCCGAACGCAAGAUGACGUGGGAAGAGAUGCGGGCGAAGUUGGACGCGGCGACGGUGCGGGCCGUGGACGCGUCCGAUGUCGGCGAUGAGACGAUACGAGAGGUCGCCGCCUAA